CUAUUUUUGGAUUGUAAAAAGGGCCUCCCUUUGAAAGCAGAAGGCUGUGCAUUCUAAAUGACAUCACUUUGCAUUCUAAGGCUGAGUGCUCGAUGUUAACAUGUCAGUGCAUAGAUUAUUUCUUUUCUUCUUCACUGCAAGGCAAAGGGACAUUUCCAAUCACACCGCAACACAGCACUUCACUAUCCCCGUCACAGCACAUUGAUCCCCAGACAAGCUGCAGGUUCCUAAGGAGAUCACAGAGGUGCUAUAAAAGAAGAACGAGGCAGACACAGAAACAAAAACCCUAAAAAAAACAAACAAAAAAAUAUAUAAUAAAAUACAAAAAAAACACCUUCUACCGGGCUGACAAAUAGAGAACGACUGCAGAAAAAAAUAAUAAUAUAUCCCAGUUAAUGGUCUGGAGUAUCCUUUUAACUGGCUGGAAUCAGAGAGGAUGGAGAAUGGCAGUGGAUGCCCUAGAAGAAUUGCCUUUUUCUUGUGUGUUUUAUUUCUACAUUUCCUGAAUAAUGGGAUCGAAGGAAGGAAACCGGUUAAAUCGAAAUGCCCUAACUGGUGUACCUGUACCAAGGAUAAUGCUUUAUGUGAAAAUGCCAAAUCCAUCCCUCGACCCUUCCAUCCUGAUGUUAUCACACUAUCACUUGUGAGAUCUGAAUUUACCGAGAUCCCAGAGGGGAGUUUUUUACAUAUACCAUCUCUGCAGAUCAUAAUGUUUACGUCAAACACGUUUGAUGCUAUUAGUGAUGAUGCAUUUACUGGUCUUCCCCACCUCGAGUACCUAUUCAUAGAGAACAACAAAAUUAAAUCAAUAUCAAGAAAUGCAUUCAGAGGACUUAAAUCUCUGGUUCACCUGAGUCUGGCAAAUAAUAAUCUUCAAUCAAUCCCAAAAGAUGUUUUCAAAGGCUUGGAUUCGCUUAGGAUUGUAGAUCUUCGAGGAAAUUCAUUUCACUGUGAUUGCAAACUGAAGUGGUUAGUAGAGUGGCUGGACAGAACCAAUGCGACAGUGGAACAAAUUUACUGUGAAAGCCCCCCCGAAUAUAAAGGGCGUAAAAUCAAUAGCCUGUCAGCCAAGGAUUUUGACUGUAUAACCACAGAAUUUGCAGCCUACAAGUCAUUACCCUUUCAAUCCUUGUCCGUGGAUACUUUCACCUACAUGAAUGAUGAAUAUGUAGUGAUUGCUCAACCUUUUACUGGUAAAUGUAUUUUCUUGGAAUGGGACCACGUGGAAAUGUCCUUCAGAAAUUAUGAUAACAUCACAGGAACAUCUACAGUGGUCUGCAAGCCUAUAGUGAUAGAGAAACAAUUAUAUGUUAUUGUGGCUCAAUUGUUCGGAGGUUCCCAUAUUUAUAAGAGAGAUAUUUUUGCAAACAAAUUCAUCAAGAUUCAAGACAUUGAAAUUCUUAAAAUCCGAAAACCAAAUGACAUUGAAACUUUCAGAAUUGAAGACAAUUGGUACUUUGUUGUGGCUGACAGCUCAAAAGCUGGUUUUACAACAAUCUACAAGUGGAAUGGGAAUGGAUUUUACUCUCACCAGUCGGUUCACGCAUGGUACCGUGAUACAGAUGUGGACUACCUUGAAGUAUCCAACAAACCUCAUUUGAUUCUGUCAAGCAGUUCUCAGCGCCCAAUUAUUUAUCAGUGGAACAAAAAAAAUAAUGAGUUUUUUAAACAUAUAGAAAUUCCAGACACUGAGGAUGUGUAUGCAGUCAAGCAUUUCGCUAUUAAAGAUGAUGUUUAUCUUUGUCUAACCCGAUUCAUUGGGGAUUCCAGAGUGAUCAAAUGGGAAGGUGGGUCUACAUUCCAGGAUGUACAAAGGAUGCCAUCACGGGGAUCCAUGGUGUUCCAGCCUAUCGAGAUCAACAGUCAUAAAUAUGCAAUUCUUGGGAGUGAUUACUCCUUCACUCAAGUCUUUCACUGGGAUUCCGAAAAAGGAAAAUUUGCUAAAUUUCAAGAGCUGAACAUACAGGCACCCAGGUCUUUCACUCACGUAUCCAUUGACAAACGCGAUUUCCUUUUUGCUUCAAGUUUCAAGGGAACUACGCAGAUAUAUGAACAUGUAAUAAUUGACCUGAGCGCCUAGCCAUCCGUAGUUUAACACUGAAACAAUAGACAUUAUACAAUGGACAUGAUGAACUAAAUGCAUGGUAACUCUUUCUCUAAUCAAACUUCUGGAUGACUGGCUUUGAAGGGAAUCUGUCAAUCAAGCAGUGUUCUGGAGGAUCAUGCCGAGCUUUGCUUGCCCAUGGGGUGAGCUGAGGCUUUUUAAGAUUCAUUGGAAACUAGUCCACUAAUGAAGGUAUUAUGUAUAUAAAAAGCCUUUGGCUUUCUCAGACCAAGGCUUUUGGGUGUUAUUUAAGGUCGAGGCUCCAUGAUGAACAUAAAAUCAUUGUGUAAGAAGAACUGCUAUAAAUGUAUACAUCUGGAGGGAUAUUGGUUUAUUAUCGAAACCAGGAAUUGUCAUGAAUGACCAGGGAAUAGCCUAUUUAAAGUCAAAUGCUGGAAUAAUAGCGGAGUUUCCAAAUGUCUUCAAUCUAGCUAUUAUGUCAUAACAUUUUCAGUUACCUGGUAAAUUUAUGGAAAUUGCCAGUUUACGGAAAAACCCUGAUAAUGUUUUUAGAUUUAGUAGCCAUUUCCCUUAGUGUUGUCACAGACAUAACCUCAUAUGUAAAUAAACAUAGAUCAGAAAUAGCAAUUGAGUUGGGACUUGUUUUUUAACUCUUCAAUUUACGUCUACAUUUUGCAAGGUAAUAUAUCAAUAAAAUAGGCCUUUGUAAUGUGAGGAGGGAUUACCAAGUGUACACUCCAGCCUUUUCUUGUAUAUAUGUUAAUGUUUACUAGCAGUUCUUUUAACACAAUAAAGUAAUUUUUUAAUACACCAGUGGAGGCAUUGGUGGAAAGACAGGUUAAUAUCGAAGUCUAGGGAUUCUAGAAAAGAAGCAUUACUCGUAAGUUUAUAAGUUGUCAUGUUUAGUGUUUUUGGGAGGGUUCAAACUUUUUAAAACUUUAAUAGUUUUACUGGUCUUUGCAUUAACAGUUUGUAUAUAUUGGUGCAAUUGCAUAUGUUCAUCUAAAGAGAGAAAUAUAAAUAUAUGUAUACUUUUUCCAUUUAUUUAUUCACCUGUUUAAAAUAA